CGCGGCGGCGGAGAGCGAGGCCUGCUGAGCACCGCUGAGGCGCGGGGCCGCUCUUCGAGGCUGCGCGCGGGAGGGCUACGGCGGGCAGGCGAGCGAGCCAGCGGCUGCCUCCAGCAGUGGCACCGGGAUCGGUUGCCUUGAGUCGGAAAUCAUGAGUACCCCAGGAAAAGAGAACUUUCGCCUGAAAAGUUACAAAAAUAAGUCCUUGAAUCCUGAUGAGAUGCGCAGAAGGAGAGAGGAAGAAGGACUGCAGUUACGCAAGCAGAAAAGAGAAGAGCAGUUAUUCAAACGAAGAAAUGUUGCUACAGCAGAAGAAGAAACAGAAGAAGAAGUUAUGUCAGAUGGAGGUUUCCAUGAGGCUCAGAUUAAUAACAUGGAGAUGGCACCAGGUGGUGUUAUUACUUCUGACAUGAUUGAAAUGAUAUUUUCCAAUAUCCCAGAGCAACAGCUUUCAGCAACACAGAAAUUCAGAAAACUGCUUUCAAAAGAACCUAAUCCUCCUAUUGAUGAAGUCAUCAGCACACCAGGAGUAGUGGCCAGGUUUGUGGAGUUCCUCAAACGAAAAGAGAAUUGUACACUCCAGUUUGAAUCAGCUUGGGUACUGACAAAUAUUGCUUCAGGAAAUUCUCUUCAGACCCGGAUUGUGAUUCAGGCGGGAGCUGUGCCUAUCUUCAUAGAGUUGCUCAGCUCAGAGUUUGAAGAUGUCCAGGAGCAGGCAGUCUGGGCUCUUGGCAACAUUGCUGGAGAUAGUACCAUGUGCAGGGACUAUGUCUUAGACUGCAACAUUCUUCCCCCUCUUUUGCAGUUAUUUUCAAAGCAGAACCGCCUGACCAUGACUCGGAAUGCAGUAUGGGCUUUGUCUAAUCUCUGUAGAGGGAAAAGUCCACCUCCAGAAUUUGCAAAGGUUUCCCCCUGUCUGAAUGUGCUUUCCUGGUUGCUGUUUGUCAGUGACACUGAUGUACUUGCUGAUGCCUGCUGGGCUCUCUCAUAUCUGUCUGAUGGACCUAAUGAUAAAAUUCAAGCAGUCAUUGAUGCAGGAGUGUGUAGGAGACUUGUGGAGCUGCUGAUGCAUAAUGAUUAUAAAGUGGUUUCUCCUGCUCUGCGGGCUGUGGGAAACAUUGUCACAGGGGAUGAUAUUCAGACACAGGUAAUUUUGAAUUGCUCAGCUCUGCAGAGUUUAUUGCAUUUGCUGAGUAGUCCAAAGGAAUCUAUCAAAAAGGAAGCAUGUUGGACAAUAUCUAAUAUCACAGCUGGAAAUAGGGCACAGAUCCAGACUGUGAUAGAUGCCAACAUUUUUCCAGCCCUCAUUAGUAUAUUACAAACUGCUGAGUUUCGGACAAGGAAGGAAGCAGCUUGGGCCAUCACAAAUGCAACUUCUGGAGGAUCAGCUGAACAGAUUAAGUACCUCGUAGAACUAGGCUGUAUCAAGCCACUCUGUGAUCUCCUCACAGUCAUGGACUCUAAGAUUGUACAGGUUGCCCUAAAUGGCUUGGAAAAUAUCCUGAGGCUUGGAGAACAAGAAGCCAAAAGGAACGGCACUGGCAUUAACCCUUACUGUGCUUUGAUUGAAGAAGCUUAUGGUCUGGAUAAAAUUGAAUUCUUACAGAGUCAUGAAAACCAGGAGAUCUACCAGAAGGCCUUUGAUCUUAUUGAGCAUUACUUCGGGACCGAGGAUGAGGACAGCAGCAUCGCACCCCAGGUUGACCUUAGCCAGCAGCAGUACAUCUUCCAGCAGUGUGAGGCUCCUAUGGAAGGUUUCCAGCUUUGAAGCAAUACUCUGCUUUCAUGUUCCUGUGUCAGACAAGGCUACCCAGUCAAGUCCUCUUGUGGAGCCCACAGUCCUCAUGGAGCUAACUUCUCAAAUGUUUUCCAUAAUACUGUUUGCGCUCAUUUGCUUGCCUUGCGCACCUGCUCUCUUAUACACCUCUGGAAAACCUCUGGCUCUCUGUGGUGGAAUACCCUUCUAAUAAAAGGGUAACCAGAACGGCCCACUCUCUUAUGGAAAAUCCCUAGGCUUUUGGAGAUCUGCACUUAUAUAUUAUAAGAGUCAUGGGAAUAUACACAUAUUAAUGUGGCUCCCUUUUUUUGUGGGGGAAGAAAGAGGACUCCUCCUUAUUCCCUUUAAAGUGGGGAAAAACACUGACAUUAAAAGAUGAGACUAAACCUUUAUCUUGAAUUUCACACAACUCUUGCAACAAGGGAGAUGUUUAGACUUGUUGUGUAUACUUCAGAGUACUUUUCAUGAGUUCUUCCACAGUGAACCCUUGGAUUACCUGGUGGCUUUUUCUAGCCAAAUUUGCAUUAAUCCUUACUGAGAUUGGAGGUUCUCUCUCUUUUAUUGGCGCCAUUCUUCACAGAUACUAAAGUUAAACCAUCUGCUCCCUCACCUUCAGCCUUCAAUGAAUGUGCUUUCUAGUUGUCAGGAAUGCUGAAGAAUUAACACUGACUCUUAAAUGUGAUACUGGUUUGAAGAUUCUCUUAGAGCAGAAAGGAGAGGGGCACAUAUUAAUUUGUAUGGCUACUGCUUCUCUUUGGUCUUACGUGUCUUAGGAUUUGGAAGUGGUUCAACUCUAAUGCUGGUAUGAAGAUUUAGAAUCCUUAGUAAUUGAAACCAUAUCUUUUAAUUCAAUAAAAAAGUGAAAAACAGCAAAAAAAACUCCUCCAAUUUUCACAAACUCAACCAGUGUGACUAGAGGCUGUGUUUCUGCAUUAAAACAAUGUUUCAGGCUUUGUGGUCCUGAUCAAGGUCCUCAUUAAAUUGAAAGUUCACCCUAGGUGCUUUUCCCCUGACUGGCAGAUCACACGUACUUUUAAAGGUUACUUAGGGAAUUAUUUUCUUCGUCCAGUGCAGCUUGAUUCUAAUGUAGUCAUGCUGCAUAUAUGAUCCCUUUAAUGUAGCAUCCUUAUCUUAAACAAAUAACCAUCUUUUCAACAUGACUUGUUUAACCCAAAUAAGGGCAGUGAUCUUUCCUUAUAACCUCAUUGUUCCCUAAUCAUUUCAUUUCAUCUCCUAUUAGUACUGCCCAGUCAACUCCCUCCCAUAAAUAAAAGCAGUUUCUACCUUCUGCCUCAUUUAAUGAUGACUGCAAUCUGUACCUGCAAAUGGCGCUUCCAGAACUGUCUUCAGUGAUCCACAUUUGUGCUUGGACUGGGAUGAAAGAAUAAGCUUAAUUGCCAAGAGAACUGCAACUGAGUUCAAUACGACUUCUUGGUGCUAGUUGGCCAUCUUGACUCAAUGUUGGGACACAGUAUCAGAGAAGAUUUUUUGUUGAUGUGCUGUUCAAAAUGAAUUCUGAAGGAAAAGUUGCUCACUUCUGUUUCAGAGAAUACCCUUUUAACCUCUUUAAUCUUGUCCUCUUCUAGAAUUUAUUAUAACCCCAAAGUGUAACUAUUUGGAAGUUCCCCUGACGAGCUAUUAUACAUCUCUGGUAAAUCCUGCUGAAUGAUAGGGAUAUUCAGAGCUUUCAUACCUCAUCAUGUUAUUUAAGCAGCCAACUUAUGUGACCUGAUUUAAACUUUAAAAAAUCCACUUCAUUCAAAGUAGAAAGAUACAAAGACAAAGGACAUUUAUCAGCCAAGCGUGUGACGCAUUCUUCACAUCUAAUCUGUAGUUGUGUCUGUGCUCUGGAUGGGUACCGUCUGAUGUCUGUCUGUUACUGAUGGAGCAGUCCCUGCAAAACUAGGCAACUCCCAUCUAUAAUUGUUACUUUUUCUAGUGCUGCUUUGUGCUGAAAGAACAUUUUAGUUUACUGCACUUGACCUGUAAAAGACUUUGAUUCUUUGUAAUUUUAGGGACAAAUUAGGUGGUUAAUUUAAAGAAAAACUUUCAAUGUUGCCUUUACAUCACAUUAAAAUAUAACUUCUUUCAGAAGGGUAAUAGAAGCACUGAUUCAUAGUAAAAAUCUUGUUUUUAGC